AUGGCAGACGUAGAGCUGGUGAAGAAGAUGUUACGGGAGGUGCUGACGGCCAAUAAGAGCGGACCCGGGGUGUCUUUGUCCCGCCUCCAGUCUGAAUACAAGGAUCUGACUGGUGAACAGAUCCCUCAUAAGCAGAUGGGUCAUGGCAACCUGGACGCUCUGCUGCACAGCAUGCCCAGCGUGGUUCGCAUGGAGCGUAACCGCUCUGGGGAGGUGAGGAGAGAGUGUAUAUAUACACACACAUUCCAACACCAACAGAGAAAUGUAUGGAUGAGCAGACAGACAGACACACAAACACACACACACACACACAAACUGAUACACUGAGACACUGAGAGAGGGUUACCACAGGGUACACUCAUUAGCUCACACCAGCUGGAUGCUAAUCGUUCAGAAUCAUUGACUUUUGAUAACUUUAUUUUCCAGCCAGCCAGCCACUUGAUAAAAUGGACAGUUCAAGCAUUCUAAUUAGCCCCGAAUUACCCGUUCAAAAGUCAAUGCAGACUGAUAAUGUAGCUAUUAGCUAACUGUUGUGUGUGUGUGUGUCUGCGUGUGUGCAUCUUUGUGUGUGUGUGGUGUUCUCGCUUCCCUCUCCAGAUGGUGUGUUUUCGCCUCGGUCUCCGGUGAGACGGCCCACGUCGCAAAGCUGGUGGCUCGCCAGCGUACCUCGAAGAAGACUGGACGACCCCAAAUGGUCAACUGUCAGAUGAGAGUGAAGCCUGCCGCCCCUCUCGUCCUUAACGGUAGGGCGUGUGUGUGUGUGUGUGUGUGUGUGUGUGGGGGGGGGGGGUUCUCUGUCUGACUGCCUAAAUCCAUCUGCUUUUUCCAUAACCAUUAAACCUAUAGAAAGGCAAUGGCAUAUUGGGUCUUAUCUGAGUAGAGGUGGCUUGUGUGACUAUCACUGAAUGCCUGCUAUUGUAUUAUCUGAGAGGUAUAAUUCAAGUGUUUUGAAACUGAGAUUUCACCUCAUACUGAUUCCAUGGAAUGCCACCUUUUGGAUUGAAACUGGGGAACAUUCAAUUAACUUAUCAAAUUACACAGACACUUGAGCUUGUUUUUAGAAUACGCCUGAACUCAAUGCCCUACACAAGUUUGCAAUGGGACAAUGAUGUACGACAAUGUAUGUACUAGAUAUACAGUACAAUUCUACGUUGACAUGUUGAAAGUUAAUUUAUAGAUAUUUAUAGAUAUUUUGAGCCGUACCAGAGGUACUAAGAAUAAAAUCCCUGUACAAGACCAGACGCUGUACCAACACAGACACACUAAUAGUUUACUUUCCAAAAUGCUAUAUCCACCAAUUUUUCACGUUUGUGUUUUUUCAUCAGAAAUGAUUGCUUAUGGGUACCUUCAUGUGUGUAUAAAAUACUAUUCUCUGAUUUCUAAUUCAUAGAUUUUAGAUGUGUAUGAUUUUUUAUGGUUUAUUGUUUAGCUAGUUAGCUAGCUACAUGUCUUAACAAAAGGCUCCACUAUGCAAGUAACCAUUUCAAUAGAACGUUAAUGAUGUCACUGCGACAACUGUUGAUAGACGUAGCUGGUAAAUUCGCUCUGGCUAUCUACUCCGAUUUCAGAGCACUCUUGUCAGAGUGUGCCAGACCGUAGAAUAACUGACGAAUUUACGAACGCUCAACACCCGUUGAAUAUGGCCGGUGUCAGUAAACGUUGGCAAAAAAGCGUAAAUUGUUGCCAGCAGCACAGUUGCAAUCACCAACGCUCUGGAUAACAUAAAAACAACCUAACCAGCUCUGCUAGGGCGAGUAAAAUGGUCAGUGAGCUGUUCUCUCAUUUGUUUAUAUUUACAUUUUAGUCAUUUAGCAGAUGCUCAUAUCCAGAGCGACUUACAGGUAGUGAGUGCAUACAUUUUUCAUACUUGUGUCUGGAAGUAGCUAGCAAGCUAGCCAACGUUAGCCAGUUAGCUUGGGUUCUUGACUGCUGUUGUUAGGACAGAACGCUCAGAUCAACCCUUAAUGAGCUGGGUGGGGCUAAAGCUUAAGAGGGUGUGAACGAUGCUGAAUGGGUGUAGACAAAGAAGAGCUCUCCAGUAGGUGUACCAAAACAUUCAAAGGCCAUUUUCUCAAAAAUGAGGUUACAAGUUUUAUCAACUUUCAAAGCAGAAUUACUUUCCCAUUGUUCCUCAACUGUAGUGUAUGAUAUACCAAUUUCUAGCUCUGAAUGUCUACUUUUAUCCACUGUAAAAAACACAAUUUCAAAUUUUGCUACAUAAGACCGAAUCGAGCCAGUCGGUCACAUAUAUCCAUUGUUUAGCUGGAAUGGAAUGUCCGUAUCCUGUAUAUUUUACUGUGGUAUGUGUUUGUCUCACCUAGCUAUCUUAAGAUGAAUGCACUAACUUUAACUCGCUCUGGAUAAGAGCAUCUGCUAAAUGACUAAAAUGUCAAAUGAAAAUGUUUUACAUACAGAUCUCAUAUUACUGUAUUGAAUAAUACAAAAAAACAUGUUUUAAAAAUUGAUGUCACAAAUUUAAAAUGUGUACAGUUCUUUAUUAAAAAUGUUAUUUGUUAUAUUUGACUGUAAAACCUAGCAGUACUACUUAUUUCUCUGAGAGUGAGGCGGAUAUAGCAUUUAGCAAAAAAAACAUGAUUAUUUGUUGCACUGAAAUGAAACCAUUAAGUGAUAGAUUUUAAACAAAUACGUGUCUGUCAUUGAACAGCCCCAUUUCAUGAUUAGAUAGUGAAAUAACACACCAAUCUCUUUCAUAAUUUCUUCAUACAAUAAAAGCUAAUUUACCAACAUUUCAGAAAAUGGAUAUAUAGUGUUUUGGAAUAAACUCUUUACACACACACACCGAGUUGCUUUACUGAGACACACACACAGUCGUUGUAAAGACACCCUCGCUUGGAUCAAUAUUCUUAGCUGGGAUCAGCCCCCGUUCAGGAGAUGUGAAGGGAGAGAGAGAGGAGAGAGAGGGGAGGAGAAGGGAGAUUGAGCAAGCGAGGAAGAGAAAUGAGGGAGGGAGAGAAAGAGAGAGGGAGGGAGAGCAAGAGACAAAAAGAGAUGGGGAGAGAGGGAGGGCGAGAGAGAGAGACUAAGCGGACAGAGAGAGAGGAGGAGGAGGAGAGAAGCUCAUGCAGUCUCAUCGCAGCUGCGAACAGCGGAUUUAGAAGCAAGCGGCGAGGUGCUGAUUCGCAUGCCAACGCAGCAGCCUCUCUCUUCCUGCAUUCUCUCUCCAUCCUCUCUCUCUCUCUCUCUCUCUCCUCUCUCUCUCUCUCUCUCUCUCUCUCUCUCUCUCGCGCUCUCUCUCUCCUCUACGUAUCUCUCUUCCUCUCUCUCUCUCUCUCUCUCUCCUCUCUCUCUCUCUCUCUCUCUCUCUCUCCUCUCUCUCUCUCUCCUCUCUCUCUCUCUCUCUCUCUCUCUCUCUCUCUCUCUCUCUCUCUCUCUUCAUAUCUCCUGAACAGGGGCUGAUCACAGCUAGGAAUAUUGAUCCUUUCUGAAAUCGAAAACCAGGGGACUCUGGGACUGUGAUGCCACUACUGCUGCUGUGUCUGCCAUCUCUGUCUCGCCACCACCGGUGUCUCCUCACCUAACCUCAGACGGCGUGUCCCUAGAGGGGGAGGGUCACUGGUAUGCAUUGAGACAGGCCAGCGCAUAAUGUAAUUAGCUAUAGCUACAGCCUAUUUCUGUGAAGGCGGUGGGAUACGGAGGCUGCCGAUGGUUUCUGCUGUGGUGUCUCAUUCUCAGCAAUAGCAAGGCUUGGUGAGUACUAGUUUCUGCAGAGGAGUGGAAGGGAGGAAGAGAGGAGCAGGGAGGCAGGAGGAGACAGAGUCAGGCUGUGGUGUGUCAGAGCUGGGCUGUUUGUUGUGUGAUGUCAUGUCAGCUGGGUUGGGCUGAUGUGGAUGAUGUCAUACUAGGGCUGGAUCGAAUCAGAGCCUUUACAAUGUAAAUAGAAGGCUCUGGAUUGGAUAGGGUGUCGGAACUAGGUUAAUGGGUAUGGUGUCAUGCUAGUGCUGCAGGGGGAUUCUAUGUAGAAUAUCUGGCAUCCAAUCAGAGUUUGGAUUUAAAAAAAAGAGUAUGAGGAUGUCAUGAUUGAGCAGAUUAGAAAGCUACGAUGUCAUCAGUUUGAUGACGAUCGCACUGAAUGUUUUAUGACUUGUAAACCUUGCUAUAAGUUAUGAAGUCAUUGCAGAAUGGACUAGAAGGUAUGAUGUAGUCUAUUUGCUACACAGCAAGGCAUAAUAAUGACAAUGGUGUGAUCUACAGUGACUCGGCUGUUUUUAUGAUUGACUUAAAGAUAGGAUUGACAGCCCUUCUUCAAUGUCUUUUGUAGAUGUAUUAUUUAUCCUCUUGCCAACUGACCUUUUGCAGAUUAAUGCAUUGUGUGUGUGUGUGUGUGUGUGUGUGUGUGUGUGAGUGUGUGUGUGUGUGUGUGUGUGUGUGUGUGUGUGUGCGUGCGUGCGAGUGUGUGUGUGUGUGUGUGUGUGUGUGUGUGUGUGUGUGUGUGUGUGUGUGUGUGUGUGUGUGUGUGUGAGUGUGUGCGUGUAUGCAUGCAUUGCUUAUCUGUGUAUGUAAAUGUAUAUACCAGGGGAAUUCAAAUUGAGGUCCGGAUUACUGCUGUGUUUUUGUUCUACCUGACAAUUCAUUGCACCCACUUGGUGUUCCAGGUCUAAAGCAGUCCCUGAUUAGAGGGGCAGAAUGAAAAAACGCAGUGGAGCUGGCUUCCAGGUCCAGAUUUGGUUUGUGUAUUUCCUAUCAUCAUGAUGUCACUAUCUUUCUCUCCUCCCCAGCCAAGCCCAGAACCUCCCUAAGACAGCCAGACCAUAGGGGUCGUGGUGUGGGGCGAGGAGGAGGAGGAGGAAGUGGAGGAGGCGGGGGCGGCCGGUCAGGGGGCCACCAUGACUUUAGACAGGGGAGGGACAUGAGGGACACCCAAUCAGAAAGGAAGACUAAUCAGAGCUCCAACCAGAACAAACCAACCAAUCAGAACACCGCUACCACCAGGAAGUCCUCCGUGCCCUCAGAGAGGUGAGUGGGUAUUGGUGGAAAGACUAGACUGGCUAGACUACUCUACUAAUUCCAAUCAUGACUGAAAUUAGUUACAUUAAAAAUAAUGGAGGGAAAACUUGGAAAAUAAAAAAGACAGAGACGUUUUCUCCCCUUGGGGGCCUAGUAGUGUGAAUAGCUUUUCUCUGUUGGGGUUGUUUAAAAUGCUGUCCCUGUAGAACGACUCUCUAGGAACCAAAAAUGAGGGCCUCUUAUUUGGUCCCUUUAGGUUGUUGUGCUGUUAUGAAAAUAGUUAGACUUUCUUCCUCUGUUUAGGUAAUAUCACUUUGAGUUGGAAGCAUUGCCAUCGCUGUGAGGGGGGAAUUUUGUUCCAUGGUCUAAGAAUCAGGGAAAUGAAAGGACGAAAACAACUAAGACAAUGAUUAUUUAUCUGUCAGUCACUCUCCUCUCUAUGUCUCUUUCUUUCUCUUUCUUUCCUCUUCUGUCCUCCUCUUUUUUUUCUCUCUUCCUUGGUGCAUGACCUGAAUGAAAAUAGAAUCGUGAAUGAAUGGCACUGGAACCCACUGGUUGGUUUAGUUUAGUGUGGCCAGCCAUCCCUCUCCUCUCUCCCUCUCUUCCCUCCCUCCCUCUCUCCCUCUCUUCCCUCCCCCCUCUCUCCCUUUCUUCCCUCUCUCCCUCUCUUCUCUCCCUCUCUUCCCUCCCUCCCUCUCUCCCUCUCUUCCCUACCUCCCUCUCCGCCCUCCUCUUCCAUCCCUCCCGCUCUAUCUCCCUCUCUUCCCUCCCUCCCUCCCUCUCUCUCUCUCUUCUCCCUCCUCCUCCCUUCUCUCCCUCUCUCCUCUCCUUCCCCCCCCUCUCCCUCUCUUCCCUCUCCCCUCCCUCCCUCCUCUCCUCUCUCCCUCCCUCCUUCCUCUCUCCCUCUCCUCCCCUCCCUCCUCUCUCCCUCUCUCUCCCUCCCUCCCUCCCUCUCUCCCUCCUCCCUCCUCUCUCCCCCUCCCUCCCUCUCUCCCUCCCUCCCCUCCCUCCCUCUCCUCCCUCCUCCCUCCCUCCUCCUCCUCCCUCUCCCUCUCUCCCUCCCUCCCUCUCUCCUCUCUUCUCCCUCCCUCCUCCUCUCUUCCCUCUCCUCCCUUCCCUCCCUCUCUCCCUCUCUUCCCCCCCUCCCUCUCUCCCUCUCUUCCCUCCCUCCCUCCUCCUCCCUCUCUUCUCCCCCUCCCUCCCCCUCUCUUUCCCCCCCCCUCUCUCCUUCUCUCCCUCCCCCUCUCCACCUCCCUCUUCCUCUCUUCCCCCCCCUCCUCUCCUCUUCCCCCCUUCCCUUUCUUUUCCUCCCCCUCCCUCCCUCUUCCUCUCUUCCUCAUCACCCUCCUCUCCUCCUCUCCCUCCUCCUCCCUCUCCCUCCCUCUCUCGCCUCUCUUUCUCUCUCCCUCUCUCUCCCCUCCCUCCCUCCCUCUCUUCCCCUUCCUCCCUCCUCCCCCCUCCUUCCCUCCUCCCUCUCUCCUCCUCUUCUUCUCUCCCUCUCUCUUCCUCUCUCUCCCUCCCUCUCUCUCCCUCCUCUCCUCCCUCGCCUCCUUCCCUCCCUCCUCUCCUUCCCUCUCCCUCUCUCCCUCGUCUCUUCUCUCCCUCCUCUCUCCCUCCCUCUCCCUCUCUUCCCUCCUCCCCCUCUCUUCCCUUCGUCUCUCUCUUUCUCUCUCCCCUCCUUCUCUCUCUCCUCUCUCCAUCUCCUCUCUCCUCUCUCCCUCUUCUCUCCCUCUCCCUUCUCCCCUCCCUCCUUCUUCCCUACCUCUCUUCCUCUCUCCCUCUCUUCCCUCCUCUCUACCUCUCCUCUCCCUCUCCCCUCUCUCCCUCCUCUCUCCCUUCCUCUGUGCUUAUUCAGCAGUAGCAACAGGACUGCAGCAGCCUCUCUCUCGCUUUCUCUUUCACCCCUCUCUCUCUCUAACCCCCCACACCUCUCUCCCCCCCCCCCCCUCCCUCUCCCACCUCUCUCUUCCCCUCUCUCGCUUUUCAAGCACAAUGUGGCUAAUAGCUACCUAAUGAAAACAACUGACCUCACCCCGACUCACUCUUCGGUUUUGUGUAUCAGUGGCACUCUCUCACCAGACAAUGGACCACAGGAGAGACCGGGGUGACAUGGUUGAAAGCAUAGGAACGAGGCAGGCUAAUCCCUCUCCUAUUCUACUACAGAUUAACAGCCCAAUGAAUCAGCAUAUCUGUAGUAGUACAGUCUGGGCACUUUCAUCUGAUGCCUCAGAUCAAAUGCAGAGGGACGCGCGUGGGAGCACACAAACAAAGCAGCACGCACACACACACACACACACACACACACACACACACACACACACACACACACACACACACACACACACACAGGAGUGCGGACACAUACACACUCACAAACACACAAACACACUUUUAUCUGCAACUAGAGGAACAUUCUGGGUGGUGCAGCCACUGAUCGCUUGGCCUUUGUUAAGUCACGCACUGGUGGUAUGUGAAGGUUUGUGGGGUCAAUCACAUUUUGUUCGCUCUCUAAAGUUUGUCUGGCUUCCUGUUAACUGUUGGGGCUAAUAUAAUUUAACAGUUAUAGCAAUCCAUCAUAGUUUACAAUAUUUAUUUUCUAAUAGUUUAAGUUAUUUUCUAAUAAUUUAAGGUAGAUUCCAGUCAAAGUUACUUCUCAGUUUUAUAUACAGUGGGGCCAGGAGUCCUGAGCAUAUGACCUCUCCUGAUUAGAAAAAAACUCAUAGGCUACAACUAGAGGAGUUUUUCCUGGUCAGUCAGGCAACAUAAUGUGGUUAUGACAAACUAUUGGCCCCAAUUAUGUAUGUCUGGGGUUGUGUAGCCAAUGUGUAGCCAAUGAAAGGCCUGUUUAUGGUGCCUCAGUACUAUUCUACCCGGCGACCCAGUUGUAUAAGCUUAUGUAUUCAUAAUGUUAUGUCCCUAUUGUCUAAGGUCAUUCGGGGAUGGAGAGACUCCCAUCAGAGAGCAUUAUGGGUAGUAUGGUGUAAUCAGAGAGGCCAUCCAAUAGAAAUGGAAUUCGUAGGAAGGCUCACCAACCCAUGGACUUGAAUGGGGAUGACCGUUCUAGGAAUUUCUAUGAGGAUAUCUCAGGCAUCUAGGCUCUAGAGCACAGGGGUAUUGUUUAUGGAGUGUGUACAGAAUACUGUAGAGGACAGUCUAGUCUAGUCUAGCACUGACUGGGUUGACUGAGUGAUUUUGCUGGCUUCUUCCACCAAAGUUUAUGUUUGGUUGAGAAAUGGGGACACAAACUGAAAUUAUGUUUUCAAACUGAAAAAAAAAUGAAAGCUGUUUGUUAUUCAUCCAUUGUCCUCCAUUGGUUCAUAAGUGUCUGUUUAGACUCCCUAUCAUUUGAGGGAUACAGUAGAAACGGUUCAAAGUCAACACUUAAUUUUCUCUCUUUUCUUUUUCUGUAGGUCAGACAAAAGGAUGACCCUUCCGUCACGGUUCCAGAAGGAAGUGCACGCUCACCUAUCCAGGAAUACUCAGAGCAACAGUAAGUAGGACUCUGUAAAAGUGGCUCAGUGUAUGUCCUAAAGCAAGGGUUUUCAAGGUACACGGCAUUACUGUUUUCAUCCUUACACUCUAAUCAGGGAUGUAUUUCCUCAUUCAGAGAUGCGUUUCUACAUCUGAGGCCUUUCCAGGAAUUAGAACCUCUUCAAACAGUCAUUAACACAGCUUUGACUGGCCCCUCAGGUUCCUGGCCUUUAAAUUACUGUCCUUUAAACGCAACACGUCUCAAAGCAAGAACAUUACAGUUUAGCUUCAGCCUACAAACUCGUUCUUCUUACUAAUAAGAGAUAGAUCCAUGAAAACAAACCGUUUUUUUUUUUUACCCUGAGGCACCAAAGUCUCUCGCAAUGUAACACAUCGUUAUUAGACAAGCUACACCUGUACCUAGGGCCAGGAGUUUUUCUCUGGGCCCUAGGCUAAUAGUCGCCUGGUCAGGACAGAGUCCUGGACUUAUAUACUCCAUAUCACCCCAAAAACUGUGCAAUAACCAGGAUAUACCUGUAGAAGUUCAUACAAAUCCAUGCCUAACCAACAUACGCUUGACCUAAAAUGUCUUCCUCCCCUUAUUUCCUCCUUCAGCUCCCUCAAACCUCAAUGAGAGUGCUGGCUCUGGGAAGCCCAAGUCCCACCACUCCCCCAAGGACCACAACCCCUCUGCCGGUGGGAACUACAGUCCCCAGCAGGUGCAGGGGCAUCUCAGAGAAGUGCUGAACAAAUACAGUAAUGGCUUCUGGGUGUCCUAAACUACCCCAGCUCUACAGAGAACUGUACAAACAGGACCUGCCUAGCGAAGCACUCAAAGAUCUGGAGCACUGGACUCACAUAUGCACUGUACGUUAAAUUGGAUACUUUAUUUAUAGGUCACAUAUUGUAAUGAGUAUGAAUAGAGGAAAGAUAAAUAAAUGGAAUGUGUUUGCAAAAGUGUAAUACUGAUAUUGUACAGGGGUGCAUUGAGUAAAUACAUGUUACUAUAUUUAGAUUGAAUACAGCAUAAUGAUGAAUAUCCAUCAUCUUUUAUAAAAGUUGAUACUCUCUUAGUCAAAUAGCCUGUAGGUCCCCACAGCUGCAUAGCAUAUGGUGUGAAAUGUGUUCUAUUAUAUGAUUGAUUACUCCUGUAUUAUCGUUUUAGAGUGUGUUUUAGAUCUGCUUGUUUUAUGUAUCUGAAGAGGAUCUGGCCUUCUCUUCUGUUUCAGGUAGAGAAACCCUGCAGCAGUAACCCAAAAGAAUUACUCCUCUACCCAGCUAAAGAACUAACACAUACACAGACCCCAUCCCCUGUCCCUGCCAGAGUCCUAUCCCCCACAUCCGCCCCUUUCACCCCAUCCACGGACAUCAAACCCCAGUCAAAGCCCCCUACCAGCCCCCCUACCACCACCAUGAGCCCUCUCCCCCUCACUCCCCCCUCCUCCUCCCCCAGUCCCCCAGCCUCCCCCUCCACCCUCUCCCCCGACUUGAAACAGAAGCUCGGGGAGCUCCUAGUGAAAUACAGCAACGGUCUAUGGGCCCACGCCUUACCCAAACUCUACUUGGACACGUACAAGACAAAACUCCCCAAACACGUCCUGGAGAAUCUCUCGCUGCUCUCCGACUUCUGCACCAUAGACUACCCUAUGCCAGACAACCCCAAGAGGGCCAUCCUGUACAAGAGGACCAGGGAGGAGGAGAGCUGCAACAGGAGGGAGUCAGUGGAGGAGCGCAGGGCCAGAGAUGAGGUAGGGAGGAGGCUCAGUACCCAGGCUGUACCUCCUCUCCUCAUCCCCAGGGAGGAGUACCCCUCUGUGCUGGUGGUGGAAGCUACCAAUACCAACGGAGUCAUACUCAGGUAAGAACCACUGUAAUAGGCACAGGCUAUUAUGGCAGUUGUUUGGUUAUGGGUGAUUGGUACUGGCUCUGAGGGCCAGUUGUUUGGUUAUGGGUGAUUGGUACUGGCUCUGAGGGCCAGUUGUUUGGUUAUGGGUGAUUGGUACUGGCUCUGAGGGCCAGUUGUUUGGUUAUGGGUGAUUGGUACUGGCUCUGAGGGCCAGUUGUUUGGUUAUGGGUGAUUGGUACUGGCUCUGAUGGCCAGUUGUUUGGUUAUGGGUGAUUGGUACUAGCUCUGAGGGCCAGUUGUUUGGUUAUGGGUGAUUGGUACUGGCUCUGAGGGCCAGUUGUUUGGUUAUGGGUGAUUGGUACUAGCUCUGAGGGCCAGUUGUUUGAUUAUGGGUGAUUGGUACUGGCUCUGAGGGCCAGUUGUUUGGUUAUGGGUGAUUGGUGCUUGCUCUGAGGGCCAAUUGUGUCGUUAUGGUAUAUUAUGAACAGAGCAUGGUUUGUUGACCAGCCCCUUGUUACUGUUGGAGCUGGACUUACAGCACUGAAAAUAAAUGAAAAUGACUUUGCUGUCCCAUAAAAUGUGGUUGUGCUCUCUCUCUCUCUCUCUCUCUCUCUCUCUCUCUCUCUCUCUCUCGUCCUCCUCUUUAUCGCUCCUAACCCCGCUCCCCUCUCUCCCUCUCUUUCUCGAUGUGCAUGUGUGUGUGUAUCUGCUCAUACCUGUGUGUAUUAACUCUAUCCAGGUACAUAGGAGAGGGCUACUCCCAGGCCCAGGAGGCUCUGGAGGAUGAGAUGAGAGAGUUCUACUGUUGCCAAGACAACAACAGUUGUACCCCCCUGGCCUCUCCAACCUCUGGUCAGCUGGCAGCCGUCAGGGCUGAGGAGGAGGAGGAGAUACUACGAGCACAAGUUAUAGAGGUCAUGACCGACAAGGUCAAGGUGAGGUCAAUUGGUUGAAACUUAGGCAAUGGAAUUGAAUAAAGAUACAUGGAUAUUUAUUGCUUAGGUUAUUUGUCAUAUUAUAAAUCUAUGGUGCCAUGUUAAUGGUUUGAGGAUAGGAUGAGAGUUUAGGUUUUGACAUUUUAGAAAAUGAAUUGCAUCUCUCUACUUUUUUCCACACAUACUCUUUGUGUCUGUUGGUGAAUCUAUAGGUUUACUAUGUGGAUCACGGGUUUUCGGAAGUCAUCAGCAAGGCCAAAGUGUUUGAGCUGCAUGAUACGUUUUUCAAGCUGCCUUUCCAGGCCACCAAGUGUAAAUUAGCUGGUGAGUUUUGAUUGAAUUCUCAGACAGUUAUAUAUAUAUUUUUUAUCUUCACAAAGUUACAGCAGGCUUUUUGAUUUUAUACAAUAGUGUUGCAGGUUGAGGGUUGGAUUCCGUUUUCUUCUUCUGAAUGAAGUGUCUGUCUGCUUGUCUGUCUGUCUCUGUUUUCUUAUCCAGGUCUGGAGACUUUCUGCCAGGAGCCUGCUGUUCUGAAGAAGUUUGAGUCCAUGGCUAGCGGAAAGAUCCUAUUGGCUGAGAUCCUUGAGAGAGCGCAGACCCCAUUGGUGGUCCUGUAUGACACGUCGCAGGAUGAUGAUGUCAACAUCAACGCAGCCUGUAUCAAAGAGCUGCAGGACAAGACCCUGGCCAGCCCCCUACAGGUCGGUCACUGUCAUAGUAGAGUAUAGUAGAGUAUAGUAGAGUAAAGUAGAGUAGAAUAUAUUAUAGUACACUGCCUGUAUCAAAGCCCUGCAGGUCAAGACCCUGGCCAGCCCUCUACAGGUGGGCUACUGUUAUUGUCAUUCGCUGUUAGUGGGUUGAAGACAUUCUUGAGCAUCCUUCAUCAAUACUGUACUGAUCCAUGUUUUGCAGUUAUUAUUAUUUUAAUCUUGGGUGAUAUCUAAAUAUUAGCUUUGCCGUUUUCAACCUUUAAUUAACCAUUGAACAGAUUCCCAGAUGCCAGAUUGCACCUUCAAAUGUUUUAAUAAGUGGAAUGGGAUCAUGUCUAACCCAGCCAUGGUUCUCUCUCCCCAUGUAGGUGAACAGUGCCUAUAUGAACGUGGCGGUGAGAAGUGUGUGUUCAGAUGGGACCAUAUGCUGCCAGCUCCCAUCUCGAGGCCUGGCCAAACUCACUGAGAUACUGGAGAAGACCGAGGCUUACUUCCACUCACAGGUACCUGUGUGCCUGCGUGUGUGCGCUCAUGCGUGUGUGGGAGAGCCUCUGUCUCUCAUCCUUAUACUCUGAGGAGGCAUAGUGGCAGACAGUUGUUUCCAGAUUGAGAUUAAGGAACAUAAUCUGGGGGUUAAGACACAGGCCACUUAAUCUGAUCACAUGACACUGGAACUGACCUACUGGGACUGACCUACUGGCCACAUACUACUAACUACUGUAAUCCCCAGUUAUAAUUCACUAAAACCGCUUGUUCAGGUUAUUUCAGAUGCAUAAAAUACAGAUAUAUACAAAGCACAAGGGCAGGCUACAUAAUAUUACAUAUAUCUGGUAUUUUGUUAUUAUCUUGAUGUAUUGUUGUUAUAUACAAAAUAUUGACUGUGACCAGAAAUAUUCUGCUUGAACAGGCUGAGUCACCGUAGACCACCUGUUUCUUUUGCCCUGCAUCUGUCGCACGUUGAUGACAUAAUCCUGUCUCAUAUUGAUAACAUCAUCUCUUCUGUGUGGCAGGUGACAUCAGAGUUCCUGGUGUCCAGACCGUUCUGUGGUAAAGGCUGUCUAGCACGCUACAAAGGCAAAUGGUCUCGCGUGGAGGUGAGAUGGAUACUAUUACCUCAGAGUCAAUACUGUAUAGCUGAUGUGGCAGAGACAAAUAUAUACGUUUUGCUAGCUGCUGCCAAAUAGGAAUGAUGUCUACACUUUGGUCCAGAAUGAAAAGAGGUGACGGUUAAUUUCAGUCCUUUAUCCAGGAGUGUUCUGUCUUUGAGAGUGAACCUCACUUAUCUCAUUAUAUAAUUUGUAUUAUUUUUAUCGAUCCCAAGACACCCUGGAAAACUGUGAUAAUUGUUGCUGAAUGGACUGUCCUGGUUAAAAAAAUAUUAACUGAGCUGAACUCAGUGGAUACAGAGAUACCCCAGACUCAUGACCUCUCGCUGCUUUCCUACAGAUAACCAACCUCCAUGGCAGCAGAGUCCUAGACAUCCUCUUCAUAGACUUGGGGGUCCAGGCCUCGGUGGAGGUGUUUGAACUAAGGGAAGUCCCGCCCCCUUUCCUACGCGAUCUGAUCACCAUCCCACCACAGGUCAGCACAUGAGAGGAUAGAGGAGAGAUGAUGUGUGGGACGGGGGAUGGUGUGUGUGGUUUGUUAUGAGCUUGUUUUGCUUUGAAACAAAGGCCUGUAGGUGUUCAGGUAGUCUGACUUCCUGGUAAACUUGAUGUGAUGUGAAUGUUGAUGUGGUGUGUUUUGAAUGGUAAACUGUAGUAAACUGAUGUUCUUUAUAAUGUCAAAAUAAACAUUUCUCCAACUCCCAUAUCACACACUGACAAACUGAAAAUAUAUGUGUGUACAUUGUACAAUCAAUUGGUGAGAGAGAGACUCAAAUAUCACAUACAUUUUUACAUACCCACUCUAUACAUGAAUUGUGGAAAAGUUGGUUCCUGUUUAAUUCAUGUCUUGGGUCACAUUCAAGUGGGUCAAACAAACAUUCCCUAAUGAUUGGUUGACAAUAGAGCAGGGAUCGUCAACUAGAUUCAGCCACGGGACGUUUUUGUCUUGAGCGGCUGGUCGGGGGGCUGGAACAUAAUUACAAAUAAUUAGUAGACUGUAAAUUAACCGCAAGAAGCCCAAACAGAUAUAAUGUUUGACUAAAACAUAAUCAUUUCAAACCUUGCUUACAUUUAUAUACUAUCACGUGUCUCUCUAUUAUGCGUGGGAAUACUUGGGAACAGAUUUCUUCAAUUAAUUUAAAUGAUCUUUUAUGUCCAACAAUGAAAAUGCAAAAAUAAAUUAUUUUUUUUUUUUUGGUUUUUGUUGUUGCUCAGAAACCUUGGGGGUGGGGGGGGGCAAAUAAAAACACCCGCGGGCCGACAGUUGGGGAACCCUGCAAUAGAGCCAACCACAAUGCAAGUGAUGUCUGCAUGGUGCAGUUGGUGAGAAGCAACUGCAGCAACUUGAAGGCGACUUCAUCAAAAACUGCUUGAACUUUGAUCAUAUAACCAUAAUGCAACAUAUUUUGAAAGGCGGUGACCAAUGAUGGUCAUUGACUUGAUUAAAGUGAUCCGCUCGAACACGCCCACUCUCUAGGCAAAGAAGGGUUGUCUGGGUAAUGUAGUCUGAUGUGCAGUAGUCUCUCUAUAGGCAGUGAAGUGUUGUCUGGCUGACCUGGCUGUUAGUGGAGUGGGCUCUUGGACCCCAGACGCUGUUCAGUGGCUCCGAGACGCCGUGCUCAACUCUACUGACUGUAGUAUGAAGGUACAUGAACGCACACACCCGUGUAUGCACACACAUACACAUACAUACACACACACACAUACGCAUGCACAAACACAUGCUGUAAAUCUGCACUUAGACACAUGAUAUAGUCAUUGUUUUUUUUACUCCACCAGUGACCAUUUCAUCAUUUCUUGUAAAGUUAACCUUUUACUGCAGUGGGCUAAAUCAGGGUCACACAGAGUGAUUCUUGGUAGUCUUAAACAAAUCUACUUUGAAACAAAAGUAUACACCUCACACACAUGGUUAUGGGUUUAAAAAGAAGUCACCUGUACCGUGUCAGAUAUAGAGUUGAAAUGUAUUCAAUUAUCAGUUUGCAUCCCAAUAUUACACUUUAUAUAGUCAAAUGUUUGGACACACAUACUCAUUCAAUGGUUUUUCUUUAUUUGUACUAUUUUCUACAUUGUAGAAUAAUAGUGAAGACAUCAAAACUAUGAAAUAACACAUAUGGAAUCAUGUAGUAACCAAAAAAGUGUUAAACAAAUCAAAAUAUAUUUUAUAUUUAAGAUUCUUCAAAUUUGCCUUGAUGACAGCUUUGCACACUCUUGGCAUUCUCUCAACCAGCUUCAUGAGGAAUGCUUUUCCAACAGUCUUGAAGGAGUUCCCACAUGUGCUGAGCACUUGUUGGCAGCUUUUCCUUCACUCUGCGGUGACACUCAUCCCAAACCAUCUCAAUUGGGUUGAAGUCGGGUGAUUGUGGAGGCCAGGUCAUCUGAUGCAGCACUCCAUCACUCUCCUUGGUCAAAUAGCCCUUACACAGCCUGCAGGUGUGUUUUGGGUCAUUGUCCUGUUGAAAAACAAAUGAUAGUCCCACUAAGUGCAAACCAGAUGGGAUGGAGUAUCACUGCAGAAUGCUGUGGUAGCCAUGCUGGUUAAGUGUGCCUUGAAUUCUAAAUGAAUCACAGACAGUGUCACCAGCAAAGCACCCCCACACCAUCACACCUCCUCCUCCAUGCUUCACGGUGGGAACCACACAUGCGGAGAUCACCCGUUCACCUACUCUGCAUCUCACAAAGACACAGCGGUUGGAACAAACAUCUCAAAUUUGGACUCAUAAGACCAAAGGACAGAUUUCCACCGGUCUAAUGUCCAUUGCUCGUGUUUCUUGGCCCAAGCAGGUCUCUUCUUUUAUUGGUGUCCUUUAGUAGUGGUUUCUUUGCAUUAAUUCGACCAUGAAGGCCUGAUUCACGCAGUCUCCUCUGAACAGUUGAUGUUGAGAUGUGUCUGUUACUUGAACUCUGUGAAGCAUUUAUUUAGGCUGCAAUCUGAGGUGCCGUUAACUCUAAUUAACUUAUCCUCUGCAGCAGAGGUAACUCUGGGUUCCCGCUCAGCCCAGUCAAAGCUAUUUGCUGCUCUGGCACCCCAAUGGUGGAACAAGCUCCCUCACGACGCCAGGACAGCGGAGUCACUGACCACCUUCCGGAGACACUUGAAACCCUACCUCUUUAAAGAAUACCUGGAAUAGUAUAAAGUCAUCCUUCUACCCCCCCCCCCCCCCCCCCCCCCAUAAAAAAAGAAGAAAAAAAGUGGUUGUCCCACUUGCUAUCAUAAGUUGAAUGGAUAAGAGCGUCUGCUAAAUGAUGUAAAUGUCUUCCUUUCCUGUGGCGGUCCUCAUGAGAGCCAGUUUCAUCAUAACGCUUGAUGGUUUUUGCAUCUGCACUUGAAGAAACUUUCAAAGUUCUUGAAAUCUUCCAGAUUGACUGACCUUCAUGUCUUAAAGUAAUGAUGGACUGUCAUUUUUCUUUGCUUAUUUGAGCUGUUCUUGCCAUAAUAUUGACUUGGUCUUUUACCAAAUAGGGCUAUCUUCUGUAUACCCUCCCUACCUUGUCACAACACAAUUGAUUGGCUCAAACGCAUUAAGAAGGAAAGAAAUUCCACAAAUUAACUUUUAACAAGGCACACUUGUUAAUUGAAAUGCAUUCCAGGUCACUUCCUCGUGACGCUGGUUGAGAGAAUGCCAAGAGUGUGCAAAGCUGUCAUCAAGGCAAAGGGUGGCUAUUUGAAGAAUCUUAAAUAUAAAAUAUAUUUUGAUUUGUUUAACACUUUUUUGGUUACUACAUGAUUCCAUAUGUGUUUUUUCAUAGUUUUGAUGUCUUCACUAUUAUUCUAUAAUGUAGAAAAUAGUAAAAAAAUAAGUAAAAACCCUUGAAUGAGUAGGUGUCCAAACUUUUUACUGGUACUGUACAUCACAGAAGACUGAAAUAUAACAAAACUAUUUGACAUAGAAACACCAGAUUUUCAUUGUUUUUUUUAAUGAAAAAUAUUAAUAACAUUCCACACAUGAGGCCAAAGAGGGCGCUUUUGGUCAUUGACUGCAGCAAAGGGCUACAGUUGAAAUCCUCUGAAUUCUCUUUAUCUCUCUCUCUCUCUCUCUCUCUCUCUCUCUCUCUCUCUCUCUCUCUCUCUCUCUCUCUCUCUCUCUCUCUCUCUCUCUAGCUCUCUCUCUCUCUCUCUCUCUCUCUCUCUCUCUCGCUCUCUCUCUCCACCCGCUCUCUCUAUCCCUCCACAGAUAGCCAAGCUGGACAAGACCAAACGCAGCGUAGUCCAUGUCUACCUGUUCACCGACAAGAACUUCCACGACCCCGCGAGGAGCCUCAACCACCAAAUGGCCACCUCUGACCUCUUCAAACACCAAGGAGACGUCUUCCUAAGCAGCCACAGGUAGGGCUGGGAGACGAUUCCUGAUUCCUACACAGUGUGGAAUCUCCUGUCAUUGCGCUCAACUCUACUCUCUCGUGGGGUUUGGAUAAAGGAAAAAUACACAUUUUAGUGUCUCUGUGACAAUUGACAAUAAAGUAUAUUCUAUCUUAUCUUAUUACAGCCCUUCCAAGACCUCCACCUGUAACUCCACUGCCUCCCUCACCUCCACAACCACAAUCACUCCCAGCUCCAAUGGGACCAAGCCCCACCUACGACGCGCCCACUCUGGUUCGGGACCCAGGCCAACAGGGGGUACAAGCACCCCUCCUGGGACUCCCCCACCUCCCUCAUCUACCGCCCCUGUUAAGCUACCCCCGCUGCUGGACCUCCCUCCUGCAGGUCACAGACAUAUAUUUAUAUUUUACAUGCUUCAUAAUGUUUCUUUUUUAUCUGAAAAGUAAAGUGUACUUGUGUUUUGUGCUUAGCUGUUUCCAACCUCUAAUCUGUUGUCCCCCCUUCCCCUGUCCUGUUUUAUGCAUCGUAAUGCUGAAACCUCAAUGUCCAAACUCUCCAAAUAUUUGCCUCUGCUUUAGGUCACAACAUGGAUAUCUAUGUGUCCGUGGCCUGCCACCCGGGUCACUUCGUACUGCAACCCUGGAGAGAUAUGUACAAGCUGGUAGUUCUGAUGGGAGAGAUGAUCCUGUACUAUAAUACAACAGAGGAGAAGCCUCUCAAAGUGGAGAAGAAUCAGAUAUACGCUGCUAAGGUGGAGAACAAGUGAGUAGAGGGAGGAGUGGGUGGGAGGGGGUGGGAAUGUGUCUUGGGAGUAUGUGUGGGCACUGUAGAUUUCAAGUGUGUAUGAGGGAUUUGGGUAGGGCUUCUAGUGGGAUAGUCUGACUGCAUUCAAUCAUUUGAUUAGUCAUCUAGUUUAUUUGGGCUCCCAGGCUAAGGAUUAACUUGAAUGAACUAAAUGAACUUGACUAAUUGACUUCUAACCUCUGACCUCUCUCGGUGCCCUCCUAGUUGGCACCGUGUGCUGGUGAAGGGAGUGUUGACCAACGGCCUGGUGUCUGUCUAUGAGCUGGACUACGGUAAACACGAGCUGGUCAGCGGCACCCAGCUUCGCCCACUUAUCCAGGAGUUCAGACAGCUGCCAUUCCAGGGCAUCACUGCACAACUCGCAGGUAACUAAGGAAGUAUCGCCCUCCCGGCAACCAUAUUCUGUACCUUAGAUUUUGCUAUGCACCUCAAUAUAGCAAAGUGGUUCUUGUUAUUGGCACACUUUCGAAAAAUAGUUAUGUCCCUCAAAAUGUGUCUGUGUUCCUUUAUGUGUCUGUGUUCCUACAUUUACAUUUUAGUCAUUUAGCAGAUGCUCUUAUCCAGAGUGACUUACAGUUAGUGAGUGCAUACAUUAUUUUUUUCAUACUGAAAACUAGCUGUUUUGUUUUCGUUAUUGUCAUUGUCAUUGCUACCCUCACUUAGUAGUGUGUCACAUGGGCCUUAAAGGCCCAGUGCAGUCAAAAACAUGACUUUCCUGUAUUUUAUAUAUAUUUCCAUACUAUGAGGUUGGAAUAAUACUGUGAAAUUGUGAAACUCAUGAUAAUGCUCUUUUAUUGUAAGAGCUGUUUUAAAAUACUGAAAUUUCAGCCUGUUUUUGUGAGAUGGAAUUUUGGUCUGCCUGGUGACAUCACCAGGCGGUAAAUGAGUUAAUAGACCAAUAAGAAAGAGAGUUCCAAACCUCUCUACCUAUAACAGCUAGUUUUCAGUUUUCCCCUCCCCACUCGGACCACUCCCUGACAAUCCUAGCAAAAUUCUUGCUUGAGAAAUGCUAAGAAGCUAUUUUUGUUUAUUUUUGACCAUUUUAACUGAAAACAAUCACAGUAAGGUACUUAAUUGUUACCCAGAAAUUAUUUGAUAUUGAUAUUUUAAAAAAAUAAGCUGCAUUGGACCUUUAAGCUCCUUAACGUACUGAUAAUUCCAUUAAUUCAGAACCUUGGAGAAGUGAGGCCUCUGGUGGCAAAGAUAGACAUUGGUUGUGUCCGAAUGCCCAUACUUCCAUUCUAAAUAGUAGGCUUUUUGGGUAUAAGAAAAUAUAACGUUUUAUAGUAUGUGAAAUUUAGAACAUUCUGUGUGCUUUAAAUGCCAGGAUGUCAUACGAGCGGCAGGUAGCUUAGUGGUUAAGAUUGUAGUGCCAGUAACCGAAAGGUUGCUGGUUCUAAUCCCCGAGCUGACUAAGUGAAAAAUCUGUCGAUGUGCCCUUUAGCAAGGCACUCAACACUAAUUGCUCCUGUAAGUCGCUCUGGAUAAGAGCGUCUGCUAAUUUGCCUAAAAUGUAAAUACUCAUUUCGGCUUUUCCUCUAGUAAAAUUUGCUGCACACUAUUGAGGAAGAGAAUCGCACAUUAGAUGAUGCCUUCUCAUUAUGGAUGAGUAGUACGUUGAUCUUUUUGCUAAACAUUACGUUCUAAAUAGUAUGUAGUAAGAAUAGUACACAUUAUGUAGUUUUAGUAAGUAGUAGGCAACACAGAUUUCGGACACGGCCAUUGAAUGUAGAAAUGCCUAUUUGUUAUACCGCGUGUUUAUUGCUAGGAUAUUAACCGUUUUCAGCAUUCAAUGCUGAUGUACAGUAUUUGUUAUUUUGGUGGACUGACAUAACAUAUUUAUACUUUACAUUAAUUAUUUUGGUAUAAGGCUGUGUGAUUGGCUGCCAUUCUCCCUCCACCAAUAAGAGUGUAACUUUAGUGACUGAUAUUCUCUGUCCACCAAUAGGAAUGUAACUUUAUUGACUGACAUUCUCUCUCCACCAAUAGGAGUGAAGCCGAGGCAGUGGUCAGAGGAGGCUUCCAUUGUGUUCCGGAACCACGUAGAGAAGAAGCCGUUGGUGGCCCAGCUGGAGGCCGUACAGGAAGCGCAUCACCCCUGGGACAGGAAGUUGACUGUCUUCCUGGUCGACACCUCGCAGGAGGAGAGGGACAUCUGGGUGCAUGACAUCAUGGCCGAGUUCGCCGACAAACUCACCAAAGAAGUGUAGUUGGAUAAACCCUGUGCACAACAGUGCAUCUAUAGUGCUGGUUAUGGCAGGAACAACUAGGUAGGUCUAUCCAAAACAAAUGUUUAAAAAAAAGUAUAUAUAUAAACAAACAUUUGUUUUGGAUACCUAAGUGUAGCUGGAUGCUGGACGUUGCUGCGGACGUUGCUAUGAGAAACCAGAACGCUUGUUGGGGUUGCUAUGGGAGACCAAUGGGAGAUGGUUUAGAGACGUGACUUGGACUUGUCGUUUUGUGUUUGAGAGUGGGGUGACACAGUGACAGUGAAACAUUCGCUAGCAGCAUGGCAUGGCGUUUUCAAAAGCUCAAUAAUAUCACCCUUGUGCUGACUUACCUUAAAGCUUUGCCACACAGAGGAGUUGUCAUAAUAAGCUGUUGAAUAUCUAGCCCUGAUAUGGGAUGGGUUUCCCAAAGCCUUCAUAGCUAAUAAUAUGGUACUUUGUUUCUCUGGACAACCAUACUCACACCACUUGUUGAACAACAAAGUGCUUCAUUUGACAAAUGUCAUUCCUUAACUGGAAAACAUUGAUAUUUAUAUCUGUGUCUCUCUUGUGUCCGGGUUGUGGAAAGAUAUAGCAGUCAACAUUAGCUACAAAGGCUUUUGGAAACUCACCUGUGGCUAGUAGCUUUCAUUAGGCUACAGUGUCUAUAUAAAUAAUUUCUACUCCUCUGGCUAUACAAGCUAUGGAAAUGUAUAUGUGGUGCAUUAGCUGCAUAAUUGAUCAACAGCGCACAAAAAGUAUUUAACUCAACUUGU